AUGUGCCGGCUAGGAAGACGAGGGGUGAUCGUCAUCCUCGUGAGUUUUCUGUUCGGUUUGAGGUUUGGGGGCGCAAACGCCAGGUUCUUCAAGUGCUGCAGUGAUGGAUUCGUUCUUGACGAUAAUCUUGAUUGCGGAAAAAUUCACGAUAAUGCGGCUGAGGCGUUGUCAGCGUUCGGCAAUGGCACAAGUGAAGUUUUGGAAGAAUGCCCCAAUGGAAUCCACGACAACACACCUACAGAAGCCAAUGGCACUGGCCUAGCCUGCAGGGGGGUGCUGGUAAACGGAACAGUUGUCACCUUAUCCUGCGAUAAGAUGCUGAGCAAUCAGACACAUGGCCACUGCGAUAGCCCAUUUAAAUUGCUGAACUUCUGGGGGGCGACGAUCGUGGUAUCCGCCACGAUGAUCUACACCCUGCCCUAUCUACUAGUAGUUAUUGUCUACUGCUCGUACGCCGAUCUCCGGAAGAGGGCAUUCGAUAAGUCCCUGAUAUGCUACAAUUCGUCGUACGCUAUUCUCAACCUGAUGCUCAUUACAAUGGGAUUUUUCGAACUCUGUCACAGAGAGUUGCCGGAUUUUGUGUACGGAAUAUGCGGAUCAGUGAUCGUGUACUUCAUUCAGGCCUCCUGCUUGUGGCUGUUCAUUCUCUGUUUCGAUAUGACUCUCGUCAUCACUCGGUUCCGGUGGGCGCCGUCCAGCGACUCAAAAACUCGAAGUGAAAACCGAAAAUUCAAGGUCUACUCAAUGCUAAAUUGGGGAUUGUCGGUCGUACCCGCUGUCAUCGUUGUGACAACUGAAUUCGCGCCGUCACUGCCGAAAGAUUCGCCGGUGAGAGCGAAUUUUUCGAAUUUCCACGGACCUCCGAAUAAAUCCUUACUCAUCUACUCACUUACUGUACCGGUUCUGACUCUUUUGACGAAUACUAUUCUUUUUGUAUAUACGAGUUAUAGGAUGGUAAAAGUGAAGAAGGAUAACAGGAUAUUGAAUCAGAAUAAUGUGAGAAAUGCGAAGAAAGAGUAUUUUGUGUAUUUGAAAUUGUACAUCAUCAUGGAUGCCCCAUGGUUAACAGGUGCUCUGUCUGCUAUUUACCCGAGUCUGUGGAUUCUCAAGUUUUUCCGAGUUAUUCAGCCAAUUUUAAUGCUGUACAUUAUUCUUCCCAAAAAGAGAAUAUUGAAGACAAUUGGAUGCAUAAAGAAUAGCGCGGAGAGAGAGGCGGAGGAUUGCCUGAGGGAUCGACAUGAUCCGAAGGAUAAGAAAUGUGAUGCGCACAAACCGCUGAAUGGCGAUGCCAUGUGCUAAUUAUAAUUCUGAAAGACUGAUUGAGACCAUCAUUUGGACUGAUUAGAAUGUAAUUGGGGCAUCUCUGAGUGCCUUCUGUGCAAUUUGAGUUUAUGCAUACGGUGUUGUAAUCGAAAUAUUUGGAAAUGUGUUUGGAUUGGGUAAUCAAUAUUUGCCUCAAUCGAUGUGCGGAACGGGCGGUGCUGAAACUGAACGGGAACCGAGCAAUUCCCCAGCCGGAAAUGGUUAUAAGCACUGGUGAUAGACUCUUUAACUAGGUUAUCUGAAGAUUGAAAUACUCGGAGCAAUAGUUGGGCCCUGAACGUACAUCGAAUUAGUGUAAGAAAUUGUUUUUCUUGGGAUGAGUGCACGGAGAGAAAUAUUCAGUGAA